GUGAAUGCCUCUCGCGCGGCUCUCAUACGCGCGUUUUUACCGAUCUCGCUCGGCGGUGCAGCCACGGGGGUUCCGGUGCCUGGCGGCCGUAAAAUUUCGCGUCGAGGGAGGUGCUCCGUCGGGGGGGAUCUCAGCUGCUCUCGGGGGAGAGAGAGGGACGGCGGGAGGGAGGAAGAGAGAACGGCGACCGAUUUGAUGAACCGAUAAUUUGAAACAAGAAAAAAAUAAACUGAGACGUAAUAAGGGGAGCGAGACGACUGAUUGAUGAACAUUGUUCGUAGUGAUUUCCGACUGACGGAUAUGCGAGAGAGAGAGAGAGAGAGAGAGAGAGAGAGAGGAGAGACCUCCGAGUGCUCCGAAACGUGCGCGAUGACUUCGACGGCGGUCGUCGAAAGGUAGUGUCGAGGAUGCUGUGGAAAAAUCAGGAGAGUAACAGAGAAGGAGAAUCGCGGGGGCGCGAACGCUGAUUGUGAUUUGGAACAAACGCUAAUCGCCCGACGGUGUUAGGGCCCGCUUCGCUUCGCUUGGCGGCGCGGCCGACGCCGGUCGGUGGUGAAAUUGAUGCCACGGAUGGGAUGAAUAACUUGUGUGUGUUGAAUGUCGGAGAAUUCAAUGGGAUUGUUGUCUGUGUGUUGCGCUCGGAGCAUUUGAGAUUGUUCUUUGUUCCGACGCUCUUACGCAAGAGCGCCGCCGAACGCAUUACCAGUUGCGUAGCUGUGUUGUUGAACGCGACACGUGGGUGUGAGUAAAUUUUCCGUAUUAGCCUGCGUUGGCUCUGAGCGUUUCGAGCCGUGGGAUAUUGCAGCGUCCGGUCUGUACGGAGGGGAUUUUUCUGGAACAUAUCGACAUUCGUGAGACACUGUGAGAAAGUACCGUACGAGCUCGCCCGGCUUUAGAAUAUACUCAUAUUACCCGAAACAUUUUCAAAGCCAAACAACUGUUUAUCAGCCUUCCAGUUGGCCAUUCCAAUGAAUGGGCAGGCGGACAGCCGGUUUGGUUACGAUACUCUGGCACGUGCAGGACUCUACGAACCGCGCAUUGAAAUUCCUCGCGCGUUGUCGGACGCGAUGCAAAUAGAGGCUCUUUCAGAUACGGAGAAAGAGAAAGAGAGAGAGAGAGAGUAAGAGUCAAAAGCGACGUAUUAUUGCAGAAACAUUGCGAAAACAUAGUUCCACUUUGGAAAUCUAAGUGGAGCGGCUGGUAGACGGAUGGACGGCGGGGGGAGCCGAGGCGGAUUACAAAGAGACCCGGCUUCUCCGAGUUGCCCGUCCGCCGUCCGCCGGGGAGAAGGUAUACGAGUUGUUACUUAAGCUGUUACACGAGUCUGACUGAAGGCCAGGGUCGUGGCAUGCGAGAAUCACGCAGUCUAGAAUCCCACGGUCCUGAUGGCCGGUCAUGCGAUCGAGUGCGAUCCUCGUGCCACAUAUCACGCGGAAAGAGUUUCACUCGUCGUGAUAAUCAGCCCUGCGCAAGAUUCUCUCCCGGAGAGAGAAGAGCCACCGCGUCGGACGAGUGCGAAAAGCAGGAGGAGCGACAGCAGGAGGAAAAUCGCCGCGGCCGAUCGUCGUUUCGUGCAACGCAAGCGACGGACGCGACGCGAUUAGCGCGGAACGUCGCUGCAAAAGUCUCAGGCUGCGAGACGAGAGGAUGCAAGAGGGACGUGACGAGAGGGGAGAAUCUUUUUUUUCGAAAAUCCGCGCGCGUCGCGUGAGACAGCAGUGAGAAGCUUCGCUUUGCAGUGAGAGAGAGAGAGAGAGAGAGAGAGAGAGAGAGAGAGAGAGAGAGAGAGAUAUGUGUGUGCGCUCGCGUUGUCAUCUUCGUGGUGGACUCCACGCCGAGUGACAAUGGGAAACGCAAGGUCGCAACCUUGCCGUCGAGGCAAGCCGCUCUACCUGUUCUACCUUAUCCACCGUACGUGGAGCGUCGUCGUGGAUCAUCGAUCCAAGGAUCAGGAUCGAUGCGACGACACCGACCGAGAAACCGAUCUAUCGUCGAAAUGCAGCACCUGCAACGCCUGCGAUUACCGACAGGACAGCCUUGCUUUCGACAGCGAGUCGGACAUGGCGCCGAACGCGGAGGAGGAACUGCUGGUCGUGAAGCCGUGGGGACCGCAGCCGGAAAAGGAACGCUUAAGACCACCCACAUACAACGCCGAGGAUUACGCGAUCGCGCUGAGGCGAUGGGGAAGACGGCCGUUGGGGAGCGUGCAGGACUCUCAAGGUACCCUGCCGUCGACGACCAGCUCGAGUUCCGGUUACGCAUCCGGAAGUGGCGAAAUGACCUUGAGACAAUUCACGUCGGUUAGCGAGCUGCUGAAUAAACUCCGCGCUGACCUUAGACUCGCCUUUCCGAGCUUCGUGCAGGAAUUCGCGUCGCCGCCGGCGGACGGGAUCACCUUGCUGCUGGAGACCCUGCGCGGCGUUCAGCUGGCCCAGAGCUCACCGCCGAACUCGGGACAGACCGGGCCCAGGAUCGGCACCAGGAGGGCCGCCUUGGACGAGCUGGGGUGCGUGGAGUGCUUGGCCGCGUGCGGCGAACGCUGCGCGGACGCGCCGCGACUCUUGGUGCAGGCGCAGCCCGGCCUUCUGGCUCUCGCGGUCUGUCUGACCAGUAGCCUGAACCGGUCUCGGGUUCUGGCUCUUCAGCUCUUGACGAAAGUGUGCCAAGCGCCGGGUGGACACGCGGCUGUCUCGGAAGCGGUGUCGACUCUGAGACUCAAGUAUGGCGAAGGAGGAAGAUUCCGAUUUUUAGCUGGCGCCCUUCUGGCCCCUCGAGCAGCCAUCGCGCUGAGAGUCGCGGGUGUCUCCUUCUUGAACGCUUUUCUAAAAUCCGCACCCCGCACGCAAACCAGACUGUACAUUCAGGCUGAAGCCUGCGAAGCUGGCCUAGAGCCGCAGGUUCUUCAGGACUGGUUAAGGGAAUUCGACGGGCACGAGGAAGACGCAUUGACCGAUCUGCUGCACAAGGAGGUUCAAAAGUGGACGCACAACUGCGUCGACGUGGAGGCCUUACAGCGCAGAGUGAUGCGCGCCGAGGAGACCUGCCGGAUACUUAGCAAGAAGAUGUCGCUUCUACAGAUACAGCUCGAAAAACGGAACGACCGUAGUCUGGAAGAGCGCGAGAAAACCUCGGCGACUCUCCAUACUUCCGCCACCGCCGCCACUGUCGUCGCUGCGGUCAAAAGUCCGAAAGUGUCGUCGAACGCAGAUGACGAAGGCAUCAGCUCAUCAGAGAGAUCCAGUAGCCCCGAGGAUACGAAGCACCAAGCGCGCAGCAAUCGGCCCAAGACCUCGCCGUCCCAGAGCAACGACCAAGAGACAACGAUCGACGAUGUGAUCGAAGAGCUGAGGAUCAUCGUGAAGGACGCCGAGGAAGAGUUCAGCGACAAGAUUCAGACGUCGAACAGCGGCCCUGACGUUCACCAGGAAGUCGUUCGCAACCAGCAAGAGUCCACCAAGAACAAACUCUACAGAUCGAACUCCAAGAUCUCGCUGAACCACUCCGAGAGCUACAUAUACGACAAGAUCAUGAAGAAGGAUCAAUGCGCAGACUCGAGGAUGCUGAGGUCGCACACGAGCUCCAACGCGUCGCAGAGCCAGGUGAAGGGCGAGCAGGUGACUUACUUUGGCAACGAUCAAGACUACAGCACCGACUCGAGCGCCACGAAAAGACUGAGUCCGGAUGGACCGCGCAGGAUGUCCAAGUCGUCGAUGGAGGGCAGCGUGAAGAUCGUCGUAAAGGGACCGGACGUAGAGGAGGCAAUAGUGCCGGCCAUCUUACACCCGCAGCCGCCCCGAAAAACCCCACCUUGCCUGUCGGCCAUUAUGGCCGCGAGGCACUGCGACUUCGCCGACCACGCAGAGAUCUACAACUCUCACGACGAAGAGGUGGAGGAGGAGACCUUGGGCGACGGUAGCGACUCGCUGCUGAGCGCCUCCAGACUCAAAUACAACGGCAAGCAUCAGCUAUACGACGGACAUAUAAGGGUCGCAAGCGACGAUCAGCCGCAGAAGCAGACCAAGAGCGAUACUGUGCUGAUGAUCGGGCCGAGCCAAGUCGACGCGAAGUUCCGGAAGAGCCUAGACGACUUGCGUCGCUUCGACGAGAACGAUGCGAAGGACAGGAAGACCGCGUUGAGAAGCUACGAGAAUGAGCCCAAGUCGAAGAUGAUGAGCGAUGUGCGAACACUCAACAGGCAAAUCGAUGUAUACAGGCAGUUCGAGCCGAGUCCCAAAGGAUACGAGACGUCCUCCGGACAAUCCGCCGAUCAUCGUACGGCUCACCGGCAUAGCUCCAAGUACAGAAGCGAAGUGGAGAAGCGGAAGUACCUGCGCCGUUCGGCCAGUCACGAUUACCUCGAGUCGAACAUGUCCAGUCCGCAAUCGAGGCGGUCGGGCAGCCGAGUGGAGUGUCGUAUCAGGAAGUUCGAGAGUCUCAACUCCUUCGACGAGCAACGCAGCUUACAGCACUACGGCGCGGAGAAUCUCGGCAAACGGGAGCAGCCGCCGCUGCUGUUGGCUACCGAUGGUUCCUCCAGAACCUCGAAGAUGCGUCGAUCGGAGUCUUUCCAUCACGUCUCAUACGUGUCAAAGAAGGACCAGUGCUCGUCGAGGGGGGAGAGCGAUAGCGGCCUCUUUUAUAUCACGGAUUUCAAUCUAGAGCCCCUCGUCGCGAGGAGGCCGCGGUCGAUCGAUGCACCCAAAUCGCCCAGUCUGCUGACAAAAUCCUUAGACAGGAUCGACGAGGGCCUUGACUCGAUGGUCGACAUUGUGAUUACGCAAGAACAGAAUCAAUGGAACGGCAAGCGUGCAUCGAAGGCGGCCAAGCUCCGUGACGAGAAACAGUUGACGAGAUCGAAGUCGAUCAGGAACGACAGCCUCUGCGAUGACUCUGCGGACUUGGAGAAGCAGACGCGGCGGGAGAGCUGCGUCUCGAAGCCCAGGAGUCUGAAGAACGACGAGUACCGCGUCAACAACAAUAAGCAGCUACGGAGCGACGAGCUCUAUGAGGAACAGCGAACUCGUGAAUGGAAUUAUCACAACGAACUGAAUUACGCGAGGAAUAAUGGUGAUAUCAAUCCGGAGGACUCGCCUAUGAUAUUGUCGAAGAGCGGCAUCAGGCACAAUUCCUUCUGCCACACGGACAAAAUCGGCAACAAGUUCUCCAACAACAAGUCGAACGAAUCCGGGAUCUUUGCCGGCCGGACGUACGACACUUUCGGUCUCGGCAAGAGCCGCUUUAACGCGGGAAAAUAUUCGGGAAAUCAGCAGGUCAAAGAGAGCCCCAUUGGCCGAAGGAACACGACCUCCUCGUUGAUUGGAAAACGCGGCAAGGUCACGGACAUCGUUUCGGGUCUUUACUGAAUGCAUAAUCGCUCCGAUUAAGUGCAAGUUUCUCUAAGUGACGUCCUCAAAGCAUCUCAAAGAUAUCGAAAGAUACGUCUCUUGGUCUAAGAGAUAGCCAUAUAGAUAAUUAUAUACAAUUAUAUAUGUUUAUGUUGAAAGAAAACAGUAAGAAAAUUUUAUCUAAUCAAACGAUAUCAUAGACUAAUAAAAACAUAAACAUUUCAAUUGUAUUUGCACAACAACAUUCUUUUAGAUCUCCUGUGGGUGUACAAAAUUAUGAAUGAUUAAUUAAUUCAUUCCUUCAUUAAAAUUCAAACGUCCGAGAGAAAUGCUAUUUCCUUUAGACAUCUUUCAGGUAUCUUUUAGGGAUUUAUGCUAUCUGGACAAGAGAGAGAGAAAGAGAGAAGAGAGAAAAGAGAGAUGAAGGAAAGAGAGCCGCAGACGAUUCGCACAUGUUUUUAUCCGUGUAUCAUUUUGUAUCAUCCAUAUCUCUAUCCGCGUAUAGGAAGAGAAAGAGAGAGGCAAUCUUUGUUUAAUUUAUUCAAGAAUAAUGUAGCUCUGGUCACAUUGAGUUAUUUUUUGUUGUUGAGCCAACGAUUAACAGAACUAUUUAACCCGAACUCUGGAUGUAUCAGAGAGAGAUUGAAAACGAGGACAAUCCGUUGAGUGCAAUAUUUUACAUUAUUUUUAUGACGUUACAGUUGUAAUAAUUCACAUUUAUAUCGAAUACACAACGAAUACGUUUCCCGCUAACGAUAAAUAAUUUCUCUGGUGAUGGACCUCUAAUGUGCCUUCACUACAUUGUACGGUACAGCCCUUUGUUAAAUAACGAUUGUAUAUGCAAUAUGCAGUAUACCAUAUAUAUAUAUAUAUAUAUAUAUAUAUAGCAGUGCAAGCGCCAAC